AUGAAGGACUCCAGAAGGGGCUCCUUCAGCCAGGACCAAGGGUACCUACUGAUCCGUGCUGUGAGGCGAUCCCAUGCAGGUGUCUACACCUGUCAGGUCAGAGUGCUCAUCAACAACCAGCAGUACAAAGUCAGCAGAACCGUCCAACUCUGUGUGAAAGGUCUAGACCCUGCAAUCACUACCAAUCCCACUGUGCCUGACGUCUCCAUGACCUCUAACCCAGGGCUUAUCAGCAGCAGCAGCAGCAGCAGCAGCAGCAGCUACAGCACAGUUCACACUCCAAUGAUUCAACCACCUGUGAUUGUCUCGCCACUGAAUGGAACUAUUGUUGAAAGUCUGCAUGGUUCAGGACUGGAGCUGUUUUGCAAGGUGCUCACUGAAUGUCAAAUGGCGCCGUCCACUGUGGUCACAUGGCUGGUCAAUGGCCAAUCAGUGGAGUCAUCCUACCUUGAUGGGCGGGCUCUGCAGGGGGGCAGGAGGGUAACCAAGGUGUCUGAGGGCUGCCAGAUUGAGUUGAGGCUAAUUCUUGUAGCGAUGACCGAAGAAGACGUGAUGACGGAGCUCAAGUGUGUCACUCAGAACCAAGGAGGGAGACAGGAAGUUGUCACACAGCUUCAGCUAGAGGACUCCACAUUUACAUGGCUGGUGGUAGCUGCGGUGGCCGUGUCCUGCUUUCUGACAGUGGUUUCUAUCUUCCUCUAUGUCAUUUUCAAACCUAAAAGGAAAAACAAAAUGAAUUACUUUUUGGCUCGGCAGAACAGCACUUUCUAACUCUGCUGGUGUGCACUCUUCUUCCCGAAAACAAAGACCUUCUUUAACGUGUUGCUGUUACAUCAAAUCAUUGUUUCAUGCAUUGUGUGCAUGUGAUGUUAUGCAGUGACACAACCACACUGUGUUUGGUCUCCUUUCUCAGUGUUCAAUCAGUAGCUGCUUUCAGCUGUUACCCACUGUCCUCCAUUUCUUUAUCCUUCGCUGAGAAUUACAAUUUUUGUUACUUUUGAUAUUGUAUGUGCUAAUGUGGCAAUAUUGAUACACUGAUCCAUAUCUAAUAUUCUGUACUGUGAUACUGGGGCUAUGGUGAUGGAUGUUACAGGGACUGUGCACAAUAAAAAUGCAGAUCUUGUUGCAUA